UUUCCGCCACCCUCUCUGCCUCGUUUCGACCUUAUUCAAUACAUUGGUGUUAACGCCGUCGCCAUUGCUUUGACAGCAGUCGCGAUUCACUUAACUGUUGCGAAAAUCGUCGAGAAACGCUACAAAUACAAGAUCAACCAUGGACAGGAAUUGUAUGCUCUCGGCUUCGUCGGUGUUUUGUCUUCAUUUUUCCCAGUAUUCCCAGUUACCUCUGGUUUUGCUCGAAGUGUAGUUGGAGCUGCUGUUGGAAGCAGUACUCAGACUAUAUGGUUAAUGAGUAUGGUACUGACAGUUUGCUUCGACAUGGGAGAAGGCCUACUGCUUGCCACGGGCUUCGCUGUGUUAACAACGAUAAUCCGAAUGCAGAGACCGAAAUGGCACUUUCUCUCUCGCGAUUCUGAUUCGGAUAGUUUCAAGGAAACGAAGAAGAAGCAUUUGGAGUUUGUGGGAGGAAAUGUUUGUGUAUUUCGCAUGGAUGCACCGCUAAUAUUUACGAGUGUUGAUCGAUUUACAACGGCUGUGUGGCAAUGUGUGAAGACUUUCGAGCGUUCGAAGGCGGAAUCCUUCAUCACAAUCGAUCAGAUGAACUCCGCCAACACAGACGACAUUUUUGAGAAGAAAUCUCGUGCAGCGUAUAAAAGCAUAGCCAAUGAGGACCGCUGUCGACUUGUUAUUGACUGCAGCGGAUUCCCUUAUGUGGACUAUCUCGGUCUCACAACGCUGAAAACGGUUGUUGCCGAUCUCAUCACCGCCAAUGUUCAAACAUUCCUGGUAGUACAGAAAGGUGACCUGAGGAAGUUGUUCGAAGUCACCGACUUCUAUGAGACUGUGGAAAGAGACCGAGUUUUCGAGAAAUUGGACCAGGCGGUGAAGCAAGCUGAAGAGAGGUAG